GAGGCUAGAGCGGCGCAUCACUCCGGCUCGCAGAGGCGAAGGCGCGGAAGGGCGCGCUGGGCUUCCGGGGUGCCGGCCCGAGUCGCCGCCAUGGCGUCGCUGGGUGAAAUUGGUGCUUUGAUCUUGGUGGCAGCUCUUUGGGGAGGAACCAAUCCAUUUCUGAAAAGGGGAACAGAGGGUCUAGAGCAAGUGAGGAGAAAGAGCCAACCCAUACAGCUACUUGCAGAAAUGAAAUUUCUUUGUCUCAAUUACAAGUAUGUGGUGCCAUUUGCGCUCAACCAAUGUGGCUCACUUGUCUACUAUCUUACUUUAGCAUCUGCAGACCUGACCUUGGCCGUGCCUUUUUGCAACUCUCUGGCUCUGAUGUUCACAUUAGCAACAGGAAAAGUUCUCGGAGAAGCCAUUGGUGGUGCAAGGGCUGCACUGGGGAUGGUUCUGACAGCUUUAGGAGUUGCUCUCUGCAUUGCUGGGUCCGGACAUGGGAAACCAUGAAGAGCCUCUCGGAAGAGAAGGGGAAGAUGAGUCAAAGGCCACGAGUUAUCUGACGCUGGCACAGCUCUCAAGGCCCGUGCCAUGUUGUGCCGGGACCUGUUGGACGCCACACAUGCUUAGUGAUGUUAAGGAUGGAUGAAAAAGCACCUCCUUCAGGGCCGGCUUGCAGAGGGUCCCGAAUUUGUGCUGGGGUGCUCCAGUCAGGCAGUGGCCAGCAAAUCCUUGGGGUUUGUGAGGCUGCCUUCAAACCAGCAAUGAGGUCAGGAAUGUCCAAUUAGUGCAGAAGUUCAAAGUGCUCUGGAGAGUAAUUUGAUAUAGAACACAUCCAGAAAGUUGCUAGCAUGCAACAAAAAGCUGUGAGGUUUGGCAACAGAACAAAGAGGAGAAAUGAAGGCGCACACUCUGUUCCAGAAGGAAAACAUAGCUGGUCCUGGCCUUUUAAAAUCCCAGUCAGCCUAGGACUUGCUUAUCUGAAACAUCUCCUGUCCCCAUUAUGAAUCUCUCCCAGUCCUAACAUCUGGUUUGGAGGCAGCCCAUUGCUAGGUAAGAUCAGUUUUGUGGGUAGCAGGAAUAUCCAUAGUUCCUCAGCUGUGGAGCUGUUACCAACAGUUCAGAGAGGCCCGUUUCUUCCACAAAGCUUUCUUUGAAUCGGUCUGUCUGGCCCAGUUCGCACAUAAUGAGCUGCAAGGGGGAAUGCUGACUCCCAUACCUUACAUAAAAUUAUUGGAAAAACAGGAUGGGUGUAAGUGCACUUAAAUAAUGCAUUUGAGGAUGUGCAAAAUACCUUUUCCCCACCACUGUGCAAGCCAGCCCGUGUCACUCCCAAGUAUAUGGAAGGUGAGGGCUUGGCUUUCCUGCAGUUCUCCGCCCCAGCUCUCCACAGGACGGAUCAUGGAGGGCCGUGCUUGAACCUGAGGUUGGCUGUACUUGUUGCACUUCAUGAGACGACAGCCUUGUCUCCUCUGGGGGAAGCUCUUCCUCUGUCAUAGAUGAACUUCUGAAAGGGUAAUUAGUUGCACACAAGUGGAGCCUACAACAAAACAUGACCAGGUGACAUCCUUCUAUUCACGGUCUCCUCUUCCCUGAAUUGUUUUCUCAGUAUUCUGUGGUCAGGGAACAUGCCUAGUCUUCACUCAGCUCUUUUGAAGUCCCCCCAGCAUAGGAUUUCCCCUAAAAGUCUUUGUAUUUCUGCAAACCUUUGGAUUGUCCUUUUUCCACCUCCAUGUGUGUGCAAGGGUCAAUGCAACCCUCACAGAACUUAAACUGCUGUUACUUGCCUUAUUUUGCCUAUUAUUUUGUAUGUCUGCAUGUGUAUAUGUUUGUGUGUUAUUCUUAAACUUCCAAGCAAUAAUUGUCAGCCCAUGGUCACCUUGAGAAAUUGUGGUCUUGCCUUGUUUCUCUCUUUAAACUCCCAGCAGAACUAACUUCUGGGAGUGUCAGGUAUGCAUUUCAAAGCAGAACAUUUGGUUUUUACAAAUUUAUUUUAAUAUCAAUAAUGGCUCUAAAUAAAGAUUCAGAAACUCCCCACUG